AUGAAAAAAAACUAUAUACCUAGUUCGAAAGUGGAUCUAGAGUGUGCAACCAUAAAGAGUAAGAAACAAAAAGUAAAUAAUGAAGAUAUAAUAGAAUAUCCAGAAAGUGAUUAUUUAUUAGAUGCAAAGAAGUACAGGUUGAAGUUGGCUGAUAGUGGUUUAAAUAGUAUUUGUAGAGCUAUAGUAUUGGAUUGGUUAAUUGGUGUCCAUAGAAAGUUUCAAUUUAGACCUGCAACAUUAUAUAUUAGUAUAAAUCUAUUUGAUAGAUUUAUCAUAAAUAGCGCAAAGGGGUUAAUAAAUUGUGAUAAUUUACAAUUAGUUGGUGCUACAUGUUUACAUGUAGCUUCAAAAUAUGAAGAUAUGAAUCCUGCAGUAUUAAUGGAUUACUGUAUAAUGAGUAAUUCGGAAUUUCAACCUAAAGAUAUGAUAGAAAUGGAAGCAAAUCUAUUAAAUUCUUUACAGUUUAAAAUAAUAGAUGGACUAUCAGUUUUAGAUUAUAUUGAUUAUUUUCUUAAACCACUUUAUAAUGAUAAGACAGUUAACUUGCUAUCAACAAGUUAUUAUUCUUGUGCUACUUAUAUAACAGAAUUAGCCUUAUUACAUCCAACAUUGAUUUUUUUUCCUGUAAGUCUUAUAUCAAUUUCAAUAAUUAUAUUUUUAUGUAUAGUAUAUAGUAAUGGGUGUAAAGAUGAAUUAGUAAAUAAUACUUUCAAGCAGAUAAAAAAUAAAGUGUUAGCAUAUGCAAAACAAAAUAAUUUGGUGAAAGAUAUUAAACCAUGUAUACAUAUUAUAACUGGAAUUAUAAAGGAGCAAUUUUUUUUAGAAAAAAAAGUAAAAAUAUCUGAUUCUUCAGAAAUUUCUUAUCAAUGUCAAAAGGACUUGCCAUUUAUAUUUCUUAAAGAUUUGACAAGUAAAUGGAAAAAUACAUACAGAACUUUAUUUCACCGUAUCUCUACUAUAAAAAAGUGA